AUGCGAGUUGGAGCUGUUUGUGGUACCCCAAGGGAAGGUGUCAUGUUGCCAUUCUUGUUCAUACUCAUCAACAUUACUUAUUUUUGCAGUGCCCACUACCAACUUUAUAAGGUUGACCUUGACAUCAAAGAACCUGUCUGCUGCCUCCAGAGCCUAGGCUCCGGCACCGCUGAUUGGCAAUGGCAAAUUUACAUCCUCGCCGCACCUACCGGACUCUCCUGGUACACUGGCUCCCGUCGAGCAGUGUCCGCAUUCCGAAUCGCACUUUCCUGCAAACACCGUCAACGUGGAACUUUAAAGGCUCAAUACGGUCUCUCCAAAGUUGUCCUCUGCUAUGCUACUUUGCUCUUAGGCCGCUCCAAAUCCUAA